UUAUCCUUUAUGCACUAAGGCCAAAGCAUUCUAAUCAUUUAUUAUUUUAUUUCUCUUUAUGGGCCUCAUGGGGAUCACCCCUGUAUCCCUGUAUCCUCAGGCUCGAAAACCAAGACAAAGAGGAGGUUAUACCUUCUCUUUGACAAAAGCAUGUCCAAUCUGUUGGAAAGAUGUAUAUUUCAUAUACAGAUGCGACCGUUAGUUACACUUAAUAUCCGGAACAAAUAUCACACAAAAAUGAAAAGAUCCCUUCAUUGGAUAGAAUUAAAAUACAACAAUUUGAAAAAUUCAAGUUUUAGCAUGUAUAAACUAAUUCAUACUAAUCUUGAAAGGAAGGAAAAAGAAAGUCGUCUGCCAUCAUUAAUGUGGCAUCGAGGAAGUGUUAAACCCGCACCAAUAGCAUCUUUUCUUUAUAGUAUAUUUAUACGUUCAACUGUUGAUCAAGAUUUCAGAAUUUUUCCAUUUAUAGCUGGAGCUACACAGGCAAUGUCAGUAAUAUCUAAUGCAUUAGCUGCACAAAAUUAUGAAGCACUAAAUGAAUUUGUAGAUAAAAGAGCAAUUAAAGUUUUAAAACAUAGAGUUGAUCAGUUAACACCAGAACAAAGAAGACUCAUCGCCAUACAACCAGAAAAUUCUUUAAUUGGUAUUGCUAAGAUACAAAUAAUUAAAACUACAGAUAAAAAUGAAGUAAUUCUUCAAGUAACAGCUGUAGCAAUGUAUUCAAAUUCUCAGCCUAUAGAUUUUUUAAUACCUUUUUAUGAGAUCAGGAACAAGUUGGAAUCUAUGUUCAAGUGUGCAUAUGUAUUUCAAAGAAGAUAUAGAAAGGGUAUUGGGGAAUCGUGGAUAGCAAAAUUAAUUAACCAUGAGAGUUUCUAGAACUACUUAUUUUCUUAUAUAAAACGUAACAGGAUUUGAUAGAAAGCAUAGAGGAAUUUUUCAGUUUGCUUGUACAAUGCCAUAAGGUAUGCCAAAUAAAAUGUAUGUAUAUAUUAAAAAGUUGAAAUAUUUUAUUCAUUAUUUUUCAUAUCUUACUCAAUUAUGUGCUUUUUUAUUAGAAAAUAAAAAAGAUAUUAAUAUUUUAACAGUUCAUAAUUUUUAAUAAUGGAGGUAUGUAAUCUUUUAUGUGUAACAAUGUUGCAUCAAUAGGAGUUCCAUUCCUGGUAAUGGAGAUAAUUAAUGGUCCCUAUAACAUAUUGAUAAUGUAAUUGUAUACAAAAAUAAACUGUUUAAGAUGAA